AAGUCAUGAGGGAGUACAAGGUAGUGGUGCUGGGCAGCGGGGGUGUGGGCAAGUCGGCUCUGACGGUGCAGUUUGUGACGGGCACUUUCAUCGAAAAGUAUGACCCCACGAUUGAGGACUUCUACCGCAAGGAGAUCGAGGUGGACUCGUCGCCCUCGGUGCUGGAGAUCCUGGACACGGCGGGUACUGAGCAGUUCGCCUCCAUGAGAGACCUGUACAUCAAGAACGGCCAGGGCUUCAUCCUGGUCUACAGCCUUGUCAACCAGCAGUCGUUCCAGGACAUCAGGCCCAUGCGGGACCAGAUCAUUCGUGUCAAGCGCUACGAGAAGGUGCCCGUCAUCCUAGUGGGCAACAAGGUGGACUUGGAGAGCGAGAGGGAGGUAUCCUCGCUCGAGGGACGAGCCCUGGCCGAGGAGUGGGGCUGCCCUUUCAUGGAGACCUCGGCCAAGAGCAAGACCAUGGUGGAUGAGCUGUUUGCCGAAAUCGUCAGGCAGAUGAACUAUGCAUCCCAGCCUGACAAGGACGACCAGUGCUGUUCUUCCUGUGUACUGCAGUAAAGAUGAUAAAGCAAACAUUGAGACCAGCUCGAAUCAGUCCUGUUUGGGAGAACUGCACCUUCUCCUAGCCUGGGAGACAACUAGAUUAUUUCAUAUUGCUGUUCCAAGAAGAUGAAGAUAUCGACAGAGCUUUAUGACUAAAAUGAGAUUAAUCACCAAUCACCGCUCUUGCUGUGUCCUGCAGCAAAGGAAGUAAAGCAAACGUCUUUGGUUGACACAGACCCUGAAACACUUUUAUGUGGGAGACCUACACCUCCUCGCCAGGACGACUAGAUUAUAUCAUGUUGCUGUUCUGGAAGAGGAUAUCAUCAAGAGCUCCAUAAAUGAGCAGCGCUGCUCCUCCAGUCUCAUUUUGUUGAAAACUAAAAGCAAGGGUAAUUUUUGUUUAAAACCAAUCUCAAUUGGCUAUGACAGCAUCAUCCUGGGAGAACUAGACUGUAGCAUCCCAUUAUGGAAAAAAGCAAAUAACAAGAGUCUUUCAGAAGUAUAAGAUUGAGGAUAAGGGCCAGUGUUUGGAUCGUGUAUGUGCACUGCUUUUAUAAAAUCCCUUUUUUUUAAAAGAAUAAACAAAUAAUUUGAUAACAAGGUUGAAGCCCACACUUGACAGGUCUGGCUGCCCUCUUCUGACGUGAUGCCAAUGAGAAAUUUAAAUCUUUAUUUUAAAGAGGAGAACAGUCAGCCGAACAUUCUUCUACAAAACCAAAGUGGGAGAGUAGAGACUUGUCAGUCCUUGUCUUCUGCAGUGAAAGGGAAAACAGCCUGUGUGUCCUGCCUGGUGCAUAUGUGAAAGAGGCAACAGGCUACACACUGCUGCUUUUCAGAGAAGGAAUGGAGAAACCAGUGAACCUUUUUAACUCUAGAGCCAGGAGAACAGUGAUGCCAUGGGCUUUUCUUCAGGGUUCCAUCAGUGAGCACAAAUUCUUCCUCGGUACAUUAUGUUGGACGUUAACAAUCAGUUCUCUAAUUUCAAGUGUAAUGCAGGAGAAAUGAUGGACAUGAAGUUGCUCUGUUAAACCAAGAGGAAAUGAACAAAUCAACUGUUGAUCCACCAAAAUGGUUGUAUCAAACAAGAAGGAGAAUACUUUUAAUUCACUUUUUUAUUUUGUGGGUGGCAUAUUAAUUGCUCUGCAUUGUGUUGGUGCAAGCCCUUAGUGGUGAUCUUGUGUGGCUCUGCAGGGAGCGGGAAGGGGUUUCAGCUGGGUGGGGGGAAGCAAAGGUUUUCUCUAAUUUCUGUCUUGCACAGGGGAAGAUUUAAAUUGUCAAACUAUAAUUUGUUCCAAGAUCAGCACUAGCCAACUCUUGUGAGGGAGUGGAGGGGGAGAAAUUGGUUUUGUGCAACUUCCAGAUUUGGCUAAUUACCUGCUUUUUCAAAUAGUGAUUUUUUUUCAAAAAUGUUGUCCUCCAAAUGGUUUUUAGAUAGCAAAUAAUUUCCAUUCCUUGUGAUUCCUUGGAGAAAGGAAUCCAAGACUCUUUUCUGUGAGGAAUACCAGAGGCCAGAUCAAAAAGAUGUAUGAAUGGGAAGCUAGUAAAUUGUUUGCUAUGCAAAGACAUUUUUUAAGAAGUCACUGUUUGUGCAAGAUAAGGAAAUUAGAAUCCUCCUUUAGCCAAAGGUGGGAGCAGCAGGUUUUCCACUGCCCUGGAGAUGAAGAUUCUUGGGUGAACGAAAUAAAGUGGAAAGUCCAGCAGCCUUUGUUUUCCAGGUCUGGGAGGUGGGAAGAGGUCCUGUUCUAAAUGGCUGCCUGUGAUUAGGAUGGCAAAAGUGCGAGAGGUUGAUCUCCAGUGAAGAGAAGUCCUCGCACCAUCUUUGUUCAUGCAGCAGUGGGCAAGGAAGAGUUGGGGGGGGGGGGGGGUGGUGGGGUGGUAAAGGUACCUCUAAAGUUGGCAGAAAUCUUCGAUUAAGUUUGGAGACUGUGCCGAGUAGAGGGGGCUGUUGUCUCCCAUGCCCACAAGCGACUUCCAUCUGCUAUCAGACAUGUUUUAAUGGGUGUAGUGGUAUGUGGAGCUCAAGGGGAAUGUGUGCCCUGAGAUCACCUGUAUCAUGACGGCAAUGUCUCAAAAUUCCACAGCAUUCAAGUAGAAAUAAAAAAAUAUAUCACAGAACUGCAGUCAAUCCAGACAAAUGUGAUUCAAAUUCUUGUAAUUGCACGUUGAGGAAAUAACAUAUUGCAUUCGCUGCUUGACUCUGUAGAAAUGGAAGCAUUUUGAAUUAAUCAAUUUUUAUGAACUAGAAAUUAUUCCCCUGAAUUUCCUUCUUUUCUGAUGCAGAAGUGGCAGAAAUAUAUUUUCUUUUAUGAAUGGUGCUCAAUACUUUAAGUAUUAUGGGGAUUUUUAUUUUUAAUCUUUGAACCAAGAAUAUAAUGUAUGCAUGGCAGAAUACCAGAUCAUUACUAAAGUCUUACAUUGAAGCAUUCUGUAGUUGUUAAAACUGAGUGCAGUAGUGAAGUGUUUUGGUCACUGCUGUCUUAUUUUGCUUUUAAAUAUGACAGUUGUGUUUCAGGAGCAUUUUAUUUUCUGUCUUUAAAAAUGGCAUUGCAUAAACCAGCAGUUGGAAUCGUGAAGUUGGUUUUCUCAAAAGUCGAUCCCUACAAAGAGAAUAGUAACCAGAAUCUCCAUAAAAGUGGUAACCUUGAACAAACAAAACUUGUAUGUAGAUUUGAUGCACCCUGUAUUCAGCUUUCGCCACAGGAUUUCUUACGGAAUGCAUUAUUUGGGUUUAAGGAUGAUUAUCAAGUGAAAGUCUGAACAGGUUUCUGUGUGCACCCAUUACAAGCAAAACGGCUGGAUUCACUGGGAUUUUUUGAGGUUUUCCUGUUCUGGGGAGCUGUUCUGACCCUUUCUAAGGAUGACUUCCUGCAUCGUCAACGGUAUGUGGUGGAUUGUGUGACUUCAACUGUUGGAGAAAGAUUUUAACUGCAAGUUACAAGUGCAGAUUUCUUUUAUUGGGUGAAAGGACAUCGCUGCAAAUUGGGAUCGUUUAUUUUUCAUUUCUGGUAUAAUAAACUGAAGAUGCAGUAAGUGGGGAUCCACUCUGACGUUUUUGUGAAGGAUGAUGGCAGCCUUAGCCUCGUGUGGACAUUUUUUUAAGCAUUCAGAAAUAUAUUUGGUUAUCGGUAUAUCUCAGCUUAAGUUUACAUUUUUCAAACAGUGUCUUGCAUUGUUUUUAUUAUUUACCUGAAUCUUAAUGUGUAUUUACAGCAAAGCUUCAUUUAAUUUUUAAUAUUUCCCACCCCUUUAAAACAUCUGUGUGUGGGCAACAUUCUUUGCAAUGUAGAUAAUUUAGUUGGGGCUGGCAUAAUAUAGUUUUUAAACUGUUCAAUAAUGCUGGCUUGAUUUAAAUUUCUAAAACGCAAGUUUCGCUAUCACUUCAGGUAACAUUUUGAAGAAAGUAGUCUGUGCAUAAGGACAGAAGACCUGCAGGUACACAUUGCUAUAGUGAAUGCAGACAGUUCUUUCAAAUCUAUUGCUUCCUGGAAUUGGAUGAGACCAUUUGUUCCAGGAAAUGGUUAUCAUUCUAAGGAAAUAACUUUAAUGGGAGUUGUAAAGGGACGGGAAUGAUUGGGGGGUUUGUGUCUAAUCUGCACAAUUGCCACGAGAUAAUUGCCCAGUUACCUCUCAUUUGGCUGUAGUUUUCCUUGGUGGGUCACCUCCCACAUAGUGAUGCUAAUAUCAUUUUUUAGAAUGUUUACUUCCCACAUUCCAACAUCGGGCCUCAUACUGCAAAACUCCUCUUUAGUGAUUUGUCUGAUCAUUUUGAAACUAGCCUGCUUUAAAAACAAUCUGUCUCUUAAGAUGGAUGAUGGGAAAGUAAAGUGGCUAGUAAGUGAAUUUCCUCACAUUUCUUUGAUGCACUGACCUAGUCUUUCUGACUAAUAAUGUGGCAAAUUGGCCAAAACACACCCCUUUCAAAUUUGAUGAGAUGUUGUUGUACAUUGGUCUAACUUCAAACUUGGAAAUGUAUAUUGAGCACGUAACAAAAAAUAUCACAAGCCAUUGGAUUUCAGUAUUUUAAAAAUCUUGAGGAUGAAUAGAUUAACGUCGAAUGUAAUUGCCACAAAAAUGCAAAUCCUGGUGCAAUUGGCAGUUAUUCUUUCAAGCUUAUUGGAAGAGCUUACUGUUCGCUUAUGUAAUAAGUUGUUCCAUUGAAGGAGAAAACAUGUUACCUGGUGCCUGAUUGGAUGUUCCCAAUGCCAUGAAAUGUUUUCUGGAAUAUAAAUCCCAUUGUGUGAUUGGUAUUGUGGUUAAAUUCUAUUUAUUCUCUGAGCUUUCCACCAGAACUUGAACUAAUUCAAAUUCUGGAUACUCUUGCACAGAUCAGUCUUAAACAAUAUGGAACAAAGCAACAACUGGGCAAAAUCACAAAUUGAAAUUCUCUUUCCCAAAUGAGAUAUAACUGAAUUUGUCAUAGUACAAAAAUAACAUAUUCAAGCCAAAAUUAUGAAUUGUUUAAAUAUUUUCAAAAUCCAUAAAUCUGCUUUUAUCAUAUUAUGUGGCGGUAAUUAAUUCCUGUUACAUGCAUGAUAUCUGUUAUGUUUCUUUUCUGGGAAAGGAUUUAAAUCUUGGUGCUAGUCCACUGCUUAGUUAAUGUCACGAAGGACCCCCAAAGCCAGGUUGAACAAGACCGAUUUAAAAUGCUGCUUGCUGUGGUGUUUUGCUAUAGAGCAACAAGAACCCUCCAAAUAUCUGGGUCUGAAAGUUCUUGCAAACAGUUGGUGUACACAGGUUAGAACAGUAUUUGGUUAUGUGACGUGUAUGCUUAAGUUGUGUCAUUGAUAAUGUAACGUUUGUGGUGACUGGAUAAAAGGAGCUAUUCAUCAGUGUUCUUAUUCCAAUUUUGUCUUUUUUUAUUUAUUUUAUGAAGUUGGAUCAUUUGGAAACCUCAAUGUUUUCGUAGAACCUACUAGCUGUAUUUAAACACCGUGUCAGCUAGUGAGCAAACAUGAAGGGAAAAGCCAGACAUGUCAAAACCUCAAGCUUGAAUUUAUUUGUAACUGCCUCCAAUAUGUGGAUGUAGAUGCUCAUGAAAAUAUUGGAACAAAUGUGAGUAGCCUGCACUGCACUAGAUAAAACCGCAGUUUGCUGGAUGAACUGUUCGCAUUUCCGUUGGUCUGUUAAGUUUGGGGCACAUUCCGUUUAUUCCCCCAAAUCUCUGACCUUCAAUAUCUGUUGGUUUCCAAAGAUGUGGAAAAGACCAGUUUGCUUGUUGAGAAAUUUGGAUCGGAUUAGUUUGAAGGAAAUGUUUGGGGGUGGGGGGGGGGGGGGUGUGGGUGGUGAGGAUUGUAGGCAAGAUAUUUAUCCUUUGGUGAACCUGUGUGGGGAAACCUCAAUGUUUGUGAUCUAAUCAGAUAUAUUUAACAUUUUAUUGCCAUUCUGUAUCCUGGCUACAAAUUCACUUUUGCUCUGUUUUAUGAUUAAUUUCUGGAAGUUUAGGCAUUAGCUAAUGGAGAAACAGUGACAUGCACAGUUAAAUCCUCCUUGAAAGAAAGAUUUGAACUGUCCUCUGUCAGCCAUUCCCCAGGUCAUGAAUUGGUUGCUUUCCUCUGUGGAUUUAAAAAAAAAACUCCCACACAUUAGUUCCUCUGACCGUUCCAAUGGAAUUCACAGUCAAAUUAGUGUUUCCCUUAAAUUUGUGUUCACAGUUCUGAUUAAAAACAGUCAAAAUAGAAGCAGCAACAGACUAUGUGAUCCUCAAGCUUGUUCAGGCAUUCAGUAAGCUCUAAGUCUUCAUUGUUAAUAGGGCAGCCCAUCUCGACAGGGCCCCCCAUUAGCUGGCUGAAUAAAUCAUCUCUAUCUUUCCUCUGCACAUCGUCUGUUUAAUGCUCACUUUUCCCGGCAGCAAACCACCUUAGUACCAGAAUCACAUCCGUUAUUCUUACGGGCCCUACCAUCUUCCUUAAACUUAAGUUAGGCCUGUCUUCCUUUUAAUCUCUGACCCUAAUUCCAUUUUACUGCCCAAUUUCCAAAAAUCUAUCUUGGCUUUUGAAUAUAGUUAAUGACAGGCCAUGCACAGCUCUGAGACAAAGCAAUCCGGAUAUUCACAGCCCUUGGAGUAAAGAAAAUCUUCACAUCGGGCUUAAAUAGGUAGCCCCUUACCUUGAGUCUGUGUUCCCAAGUGGAGUCGUUUUCUUUCUCCCCUGCUCUCACCACAA